AUGGUGAAAAAAAAAAAGAACAGUGGUCGUUCCAGUCGCUCUUCCACAUGCAAGACAAAAAGAGCUGACUCCCAGAUCGCAAGCAGCAAAGACCCGGCUCCUCUGGAGGCCCUGGCCCACUGUGAUGUCCCUGCCGUUCCUCCAGAGCUCCAGACCCCUGGCCAAGGUCAGCUGGGAUUCUCUGACCGGGUCUACCUGCUGGCAUCAGCCAUCUUCCAGAAUCACCACCUGGAAAAGUCUGCAGCUCACCGGCUGGUGAGUUAUGGCAAAGAGAGAGGGAUCCCUCUACCUGAAGUCAAAGAUGAGGAGAUGCAACAUUCUGCUUAUGAACUCGCCUUCAAUACGCUCAAAUAUCAAGAACUGCUGGAGGACAUCAUGAUUGACAGCUGCUUUCACCUCACUCAGCUAAUACCAGAUGAUCAGAUGGGCCUCGUUGCCGUCAUGCUGUUCGACUUCCAGGACAGGAAGUUCCUCCCGCGAGAACGGCAGAGGGAGGAGGAGGUCAUACAGGAAGUAAGAGAUGUGGACAACUACCUCCUCAGGUUGAAAACCAAGCUGGCCGCCUCUCUGGCACGAUGCAGGAUCAAACUCAAUCUCUUGUCCAUUGAGUGUUUCCUUCCGGAGAGCGUGAAGAUGAAGCAGCAGCGAUCAAGCAGCCUUCCGCUUUAUACAUGGGUCAACACGCUGAAGAGCAGUGUUGAAGAGGUCCGAACUGAGCUGGAGAGUUUGGGCCUCUCACAGGUGGAGUCUAUCGGACGGCUGGAGGGCCAGAGCUUCUGCAGGGAUCCCCACUGUGCCGAUGGGCUGGUGUUCCCUGCUCAGCUGAGACCUCGGCUGUAUUCCACCCAGCUGCGUCGCGACCACAAACUCGUCAUCCAGGAUAAGUCCUGCUGCCUGGGCCCAAAUGCAGCGUGCUCCGUGUUACCAGAGGAAGGGGAUGUUCUCAUGGCCGGCUGCUUCUCGGGCCUCACUGUCUCCCACACUGCUUCCCUUAUUGCUGAGAAACACAAAGCCAACAACAGCAACAAACAGCCAACAGUAUACGUUUGUGUCAGCGAUCGCACUGACGCUCAGAGGGAGGAUCUGCAGCGGAUCGUCUCCGCCAUGGGCUGCAAAAACGUAAAGCUGAUGCCAGUGAUCUUCCAGUCUGUGGACGGUGCCGACAAGCAGCUGCAGAAUGUACGAGUCGUCCUGUUGACUCCCAGGUGUUCUGUGUCUGCAGUCAACAACCCCAUCGAAAUCAUACUUCAAGAGAAUAGAGACACAGACCUGCUGCAGGACUUGUCCCACGGCUCCAUCGCCCCAAGCAAACUCAAAGCUCUGGUAGCAAAGCAGAGGGAGGAUAUUGGUCAUGCCCUGAAGUUCCCCAAGGUUUUAGCAGUGGUAUACUCUACCUGUUCUUCAUACCCAGCGGAAAAUGAGGAGGUGGUGAGAGGAGCCCUCGAGGAAGCCAAGGCCCACUCUGAGCAGUCGGGGAAACCAAAGCAAGUAAACUUCAGACUCAGUCCAAUCCCGUUCAGCUCUCCUGACAAUCCCGACAGUCCAGAGCAGAAAGACCCCUUCUUCACGCUGGAGGUCUCAGAUCAGAGUAACGGCUGCUUCCUGGCUCUUCUUACCAGAGAGCCCGAGCCGGUGGUCAAGGAGGCACCGCAGGAAGUGCUGGCCAGGGCAAAAGCCAAAGGCAUACUGGACAGGAUCGGCUCCAACCAGCCAACCAGUAAAGAGCGUCGCAGAAACACCUGCAGGACGACAAAAGCAGUCCAUGCACCCACCUCUCAGCCCCGCCCCCUUUCUGUCAAUGUUCCGUCCAAAAACCAGGGCACCAAGGGAAUCAGCCGCACGGCACUGAGUGGACCUCAGGAAUUAACGAACAGACGGCAGGCAUCACAAGUAAAACCCAAAGCUCUGCGCCUGCAAACCCUGAAGAAUGCUGUGUCCAGCCCGUUCUCCUCCUCAAACCAAGACGGCUCCGGCUCGUCCACCUGCAAACCAGAGGACAGGACACCCACUAAAAGCACAAACUCUGCAUUCAACACUACACCCAGCACCCUGCAUCCCGCCCCUCCUCCUUCUGCCCCUAUUGCCCGUCCUCGCAGGGCUCAUCAGGAGGUUCUGAAGCCCGUGCUGUUCGUUCUGCCACCGGUUCACUUCCCCAACUGUGUCCCGCACCAGACCAGCCGAACUGGAUUGAGCCCCAGCUUCAGCUUCAACAGGUGGAGGACGCCGGCUCCAAUUCUGCCCCUCUCCCGCUCUGAUGGGGGGUUCUCAAAGGACAUAAUGGCCAAAUCUGUGUUCAACACUCUUUACUACCGAGACCCUUAA